AUGGAGCGCCCGGCCUGGGAGCGCGAUCCCUGGAGAAAGCGGAAACCCGACUGCCCUGGCAGUUACCGGCUAGUGCAGGCCGGGCAUCCUUCCUGCCUUUCCAUGGCUAUGAAGACAUUAAGUUGCUUGUGGACCUUCAGCUUCUUUAUACUGGUAGCUAGUAGGUCGAACCAAGUGCCGUCGAUCACAGACUCACACUUCAUAGAACAGUACAUCAAGGUCCACAAUGAUUACCGGAGAAGGGUCGAUCCUCCCGCGGCUGACAUGCAAUACUUGCGCUGGAAUGCUGACUUAGCAAGAAUUGCUAAAGAAUGGUCCGUCAAGUGCAAACUUGAACAUAACCCAUGUACUACAAAACCAUAUCAAUGCUUUGAAGAGUAUGAAUACAUUGGAGAAAAUAUGUGGAUAGGUGGAAUUAAUGACUUUUCACCAAAAGCUGCUGUUACUUUUUGGCACAAUGAAAGCUUAUCUUAUGAUUAUGAUACGCUAUCAUGUUCUCGAGUUUGCGGCCAUUAUACACAGGUUGUUUGGGCCACUUCAAAUAGAAUUGGUUGUGCAAUUACACUUUGUCCUAACCUCGGGGGAGCUUCAAUUGCCUUAUUUGUAUGUAACUAUGGACCUGCAGGAAAUUUUGCAAAUAAGGCCCCCUAUAUAAAAGGAAAAUCCUGCUCUCUGUGUCCAAAAGGACUGAAAUGCGUGAGGAGGCUCUGCAAACAUCCACAUAAGAUGACCCAGGCAAAAGCAUCUCGGAGGACAGCUCGUAACUUACUCAUCCUAGGUUUUAUUCUUCUGAAAGUAUUUUAA